GGAUUUUCGGCGCUUCUUCAUAGCUCACUGGCGUCCAUAGAGGUACAGACUGCAUAAACACACAACGCCAUAAGAGCCAAAACCACCAACCAGUUAGGUAUGGCUCCUUUAAAUUUAUUCAUCUACCUACUUGUGUCAUCCAUCUGGGUAGAAAAUCUGGCCGACGGAGCGAUGGCGUUCCAACGAGUGAACAUGGCAUACACCGGAGAGCCAGCAACCACCGUUCUUGUGACCUCGGAGACGACCUGUGCAAUUGAAUGUAGGUCGGCAGAGUCGGGUGCGUGUGAAGGGUUCACGUACCACGCGAAUGGUACCUGUGAGCUGUACAACACUGGAGCGACACUGCAAACAGGAGCAGCUACCGCGGGGCGACAAACCUUCCGAAAAAUACAUCUGAUUGCAGGCGACUCCACCGUGCCAUGCGCCUGUCCGGUCGGCUUCAGCCACUGUGCCGGCCGCUGUCUGAUCCGACCCCCUCAGGAGCUCACCUUCACCGAAGCUAAAGCCGCCUGCGCCUCGCUGGGCGCCCACCUGGCCGUGCCCCGCUCUGCAGAGGAGAACCAGUGCGUUCUGACCAUGGCGGCUGGAGCUGACGCCUGGAUCGGACUGUCGGAGCAUGGCGAGGACGGAGUGUUCGUGGCAGAGGACGGAGGAGAGCCCGUGUUCAACAAUGCUUCGUUCUGGGCUAGUACAGAGCCCAAUGAUGACAUAGCGUAUAACUGCGUGCAGAUGUAUAUUGAUUCUCAGGGCUGGGAUGAUACCGAGUGCGGCUACCCCCAGGGAUAUGUGUGUCAGUCAUGGAACAAACCCCUAUGUGGCUAACCGUGGCCAUUUGACUACUGUAUCCUCGGCGUCAUAACGUCACAGUUUAGGCAUGGCUACAAGUACACUAUGCGUUUUCUGCGUGCGUUUUUUUUGCGGGUUUGCGUUUUUUGCGUAACAUCAUCCUAGAAUAAAAAAAACGAUAUUACAUUUUUGUGAUAUAAUUUUAUGCUAACUUUUAACUAUUAUAAGAGUUAUAUUAACUUUUAAAUAAAACUGAUAUAAAAGUCAAAUUAAUUAUAACUUUUUUUCUAGAACGAUAUUACGCAAAACACGCAAACCCGGAAAAACGCACGCAAAAAAACGCAUAGUGUAGCCUGGCCCUUAAGGCCUGGCUACACUAUGCGUUUUCUUCGUGCGUUUUUUGCGUGUUUGCGUGUUUGCGUGUUUGCGUGAUAUCGUUCUAGAAAAAAGAACGAUAUUACGUUUUUGUGAUGUUUUUCACCUAAAAUUUUAGUUACAUAAGAGUUAUAUUAGCUUUUGUAUAUAACUAAAGUAAAAAUUAUAUUGUUUAUAACUUUUUUCCUAGAACGAUAUUACGCAAAACACGCAAACCUGCAAAAACGCACGCAGAAAACGCAUAGUGUAGCCAGGCCUUUACACUGUUAACACACAUCCUUAUAGCGUCACAAGUACGUAAGAAAAUUUUGGGGGUGCUCAAGAGAGAUGGAAACGAAAUGUGAUGCAUUUUAUCUGUUGUGAGUGAGUAACGGGGAGACCGACUGACCGGCGGCCAAUGGGACGGCCUGGCCUGCCGGGUGUCAGUGUAGCGUCUCGCUCUGUGGGGAGUCUGUCCCGGGCCGGCGCGGCGGUGGCGCGUCUCGCUGUGGGGUCUGUCCGAGCGGCCAGGUCACCCUUACCACUCCUCCGGCCGAGACGGGUCCGUCUGGCUAGAGGUUCGGAGCGGUGUGCACGUGGAGUGAAUACGCUGAUAACUACACUGUCCUAUGUAGAAAAUAUACAGGUUCAGUUGAUGUUAAUUUGUGAUUUUACUAGGGCGCGUAGACCUCUUCAGAGGUCAUUGACGGCCAAAAAGUCAAACUAAAAAAGUAAGAUUAGUGUUUGAGCUUGUUUAAAAGGACCAUAGGAUUACAUACAAGAAUACCAACCGCGAAUAGUUACACGUCGCACCUUUGUCACGCUUCCUCAGUUCGUUAUAAAAGCAUAGUUGCGCAUCGUAUACGAGUACAAUGCUGUACGACGGUACUUCGAAUGUGUUUCCCACUCAGUUUUUUUUUGCGAUUCGUUAUUGCUUUAUUUAUUCAUUCCGGUUCCCACCGGUGGUAUAUUUGAACAGGUACAGAGAAAGCGAGUUACAAUAAUACUAUCGAUUAUUGUAAAUAAACGGAUCGUUAACUCA